GAGAAUGCUAGACAGGGAGGGAAAAGUGAGAGAAAAGAAACAGAAAAAGGAGUAACUUCCUCGUUGCUUCAUGAAAACAUAGAAAUACAAUUUAUUGCAAAGGGUCAAGGUUGGGGAGGACCACCUGACCACCUGACUCCACAGCUCCCAACUGACAGAGGGACAGAGAGAGAUGGACACCUGUUCAUUUGGAACACUCAGACAUGUGUUACUAAUCUGGUAACACAGGUUGGGGACCUGGACAAGUUUGGCUGCAAGAGGGGUUGGAUCAAAGCCACAGCCCAAAGGGCCAGGGCUCAGAAUGACACUGAGCCAAUCGUGUUGGAGGGGAAAUGCCUGGUGGUUUGUGACUCCACCCCCUCAUCGGAACCGUCGGGUAACGCUCUGGGGAUGUCGGUGCGGUCGGGGACUGGUCGAGUGGCAUUCUCCGCUGUCAGGAACACCAACCACGAACCCUCAGAGAUGAGCAACCGUACUAUGACCAUAUAUUUUGACCAGAUCCUUGUGAAUGUGGGCAGCCAUUUUGAUCCAGCACGGAGCAUCUUCGUGGCGCCUAGAACAGGAGUCUAUAGUUUCUGUUUCAACGUGGUCAAGGUCUAUAACCGACAGACCAUUCAGGUGAGUCUGGUUUUAAAUGGACAUCCGAUCAUCUCAGCCUUUGCCGGGGACCAAGACGUGACCAGGGAAGCAGCCACCAACGCUGGCUUGGUCACCAUGGAGAGAGGAGACAAGGCUUAUCUCAAACUGGAGAGAGGGAACCUGAUGGGGGGGUGGAAAUACUCCACCUUCUCUGGGUUUCUGGUGUUUCCUUUGUAAGAAGG